ACAACUGUGAUCCAGAGCCAGGUCUACUUCUCAGGAGCCCAUUAGGAGAACAAACCCCAGAGCUAUGAAGUUCCAGGUGUUUCUCUUCUUGAUCUCCACGGCAGCUUUUGCCCCAUCCAGCGGGAACCCUGUCUUGACCACUGAGGAUAUUCAAGUCCAGGAGAAUUUUGAUGAAGAGAGGUUCUAUGGGAAAUGGUAUGAUAUUGUUGUUGGCUCAACCUGCCCCUGGCUGAAAAAAUAUAAGGACCGAUACACCAUGGGGACGAUGGUUGUGGGGCCGGGUCAGUCGGACAGGGAGAUCAGCAUGACCACCACAAGGCUCAGGCACGGGAUCUGCUCUCAGGUCACUGGGCAAUACCAGAAGACUGACAUUCCAGGAAAACUCACCUACUAUAACCCCAAAUGGGAUGCAAAUAUUGAGAGCUUUGUGGUUCGCACCAACUACAAUGAAUAUGCUAUCAUCGUGUCGAAGAAGAGCAGCACCCGUGGAUUGACCACCACAGCCAAGAUUUAUGGAAGAAGCUCGGAGUUGAGAGAGGAUCUCAUGGCUGAGUUCAGACAGUUUGCUCUGGAUUUGGGAAUCCCUGAAGACUCUAUCAGCACUCUGAUUAAUAAAGGGGAGUGUGUUCCUCCUCCAGUUGAAACUGAACCACAGGCAAGAGUUCGAAGAACAACAUUGUUUGAGGAAGAAGGCUCUGCCGAUGGGUCACUCAACAAGUUGACAGCCAAUAAAGAAGAUUAUUGUCGACAGAAGGUGGAUGCUGGUCCUUGCCUGGGCAUGUCGUCUCGUUAUUUCUACAAUUCCUCUUCUCAGACAUGCGAAACCUUCCUCUACGGGGGCUGCCUUGGAAAUGGCAACAAUUUCCACACAGAGAAGGCCUGUCUUCAAACAUGCAGGACCGAGGCAUCUUGCCGGCUCCCCAUCAGCCCUGGAGACCCUUGUAAAGUGACGUACUGGGCCUUUGAUGCAAACCUGGGCAAAUGUGUGACCUUUGAAGGGUGUGGGAGCAACGGAAACAAGUUUUACCAUGAGAAAGAAUGCAAAGAAUAUUGUGGGGUCCUCUCUGACGGGGAUGAUGAAUUUCUCCACCUGUCACCAUCGCAGACCAAGCAAGUGUGAAGACAGCCAAUGGAAAAGAAACAUCCAUUUUUCAUUCAGUCUUCUGUGUAUGAACCAAGAACUCAAAUAAACAGGGGCUUCUACACUGAG